CGGGGAAUUAAUAUCAGCCUUGCGGCAAUCCAGUCUGCACCGUCGAUCGAAGUUGAUCUCUUGAUUAUCUUCAUUUUUUGUUAAUGCUAUCUCUGCAACAAUGGCGUCUUGCUCCUCAUUUUUCCGAUUUAUAGCUGAUGCUAUGUCUGGCACACCCUCCUUGGCUGGUAUCAUGGUGUGUUUCCUCCUUCUCCACCAACUCCGGGCAGUAAUUGCCAAUCCGCUCCCGGUAGCAGAAGCAGAUCCAGAGCCGAAUCCUCAGCAGAAUAUAUAUGCACCGUUCUCCGGUGCGAUCUAUAUCAUUGCGGCUGAUGGACAGGUGUUGUCUGGUAUACCUUCCAUUUGUCCAGCGAAUGCGCAGCAAGUCUGUGGAAACCUCCAUGUUUGGAAUUGGUGCUGCCCCUCAGGCUAUACAUGCUCUUGGAUGAACAGCCAGCAAAGCAGCAUUGGCUGCUGUCCGGCCGGCUCGCAAUGUAAUGGAACGCCGCAAGUAGUGACGCAAACGGUCACUAUAGAACGAAAUCCAACGGCAGUCAUCGUCGCUUCCCAACCCAGGACUAUGACGCAACUCGAGAGUUCUACAAUGACACCGACGAGCGAAGUCCUCGUCGCAGUGACGACAUCCACAGCCACCCUGAUAUAUGGCGGGCCUUAUUGUUCGACUAUGACAGCCACGGGUCCUAAUCUACCAACGACAGCGUCCAGUAGGUGCGGAACGAUCCUCAUUGUCAGCUCUAUUACAUCUAGAAGAGACUCACCCUUCCACGGAUCUGGCAUGCUUGCCUUAUCGAUUCUGAUGACUCUCUGGGCAUUGAUACAUUCGGUGUGCUAAACACCGGGGCGGACAUGAUGGGUCCCUCCAUCGCUUGGAGCAGCCGUCUGAGAAGUCAUUGCUUUAGGAGACCCUAGGGGCCGUUCGGCGCAGCGUCCAGUUACGGUUCUCCCAUGAUGAGGCUGGAGGUUGAUAUCUGGAUGCUGGAUAACUUCAUGGUGACAGGCGAGACACUGAGGUGAUCCAAGCAGCCAUGGAUCCCUCAUGCUCUGUCGCUUGCAAAACAUGGACGCACCAUUGCCCUCUUCCAUACCGUGGUAGGUAACAUCAUUACCUUGGUUGAUGUUGUCCAA